AUGACAAGCACCGUUAAAGAACUCCCAAAAGAUGCCCCUGUGCCUGAAGCACCUUCAAAGAAGGCCGCUGACGGAGCCCCUGCUGCUUCAGCUGCUGGACUGCAAGACAUUCCUGAUGGCGAUAUCGAAAGUAACUGGGACGAAAUAGUCGACUCGUUCGAUGCCAUGGGUUUGAGACAAGAACUACUCCGAGGAAUUUACGCCUAUGGUUUCGAACGUCCUUCGGCCAUUCAACAGCGAGCUAUUAUGCCUGUUCUCAAGGAACGUGAUGUAAUUGCUCAAGCUCAAUCUGGAACUGGAAAGACUGCAACCUUCUCAGUAUCUAUCUUACAAAAAAUCGAUAUUACCAAACGUGAGACUCAAGCCUUGAUUCUCGCUCCUACUCGUGAAUUGGCCCAGCAAAUCCAAAAAGUCGUUAUUGCUUUGGGUGACUAUAUGCAGAUCGAAUGUCACGCUUGCAUUGGUGGUACCAACGUCCGUGAAGAUAUGCGUAAACUAGAAGGUGGUGCUCAUGUAGUAGUGGGUACUCCUGGUCGGGUGUAUGAUAUGAUUAACCGACGUGCCUUGAGAUCUGAACACAUCAAGAUGUUUGUCUUGGAUGAAGCUGAUGAAAUGUUGUCUCGAGGUUUCAAGGAUCAGAUCUAUGAGGUCUUCCAACUGUUACCUCCAGCAACACAGGUAGUCUUGCUAUCGGCCACCAUGCCUCAGGAAGUACUUGAAGUCACCAAGGCCUUCAUGCGUGACCCCAUCCGUAUUCUUGUCAAGCGUGACGAACUCACCUUGGAAGGUAUCAAGCAAUUCUUUAUUGCAGUCGAAAAGGAGGACUGGAAACUCGACACUCUCUGCGAUCUCUACGAAACUGUCACAAUCACUCAAGCCGUCAUCUUUUGUAACACUCGUCGAAAGGUCGACUGGUUGACUCAAAAGAUGGUUGAGCGAGAGUUCACUAUCUCUGCCAUGCACGGUGAAAUGACCCAAUCUGAACGCGAUGUCAUUAUGAAGGAAUUCCGUUCGGGCUCUUCUCGUGUCUUGAUUACUACCGAUCUCUUGGCUCGUGGUAUUGAUGUACAACAAGUAUCUUUGGUAAUCAACUAUGAUCUUCCAACAAACCGUGAAAACUACAUUCAUCGCAUUGGUCGUGGUGGUCGAUUUGGUCGUAAGGGUAUAGCUAUUAAUUUCGUUACUGCUGAUGAUGGUCGCAUGCUUAAAGACAUUGAGCAAUUCUACAACACUCAAAUUGAUGAGAUGCCAAUGAACAUCGCUGACUUGAUUUAA